AUGUAUGGUCUGUCUAUUUCUGUGUGCCCCAGGCCCCUCCCCUCCCCUCCCUUCCAUGGGAUGGGCACCACAGAGGCGACACUACGAAUGGAUAACAUGGAAUGUAAAGACGAGUGGCAGGAUGAAGACUUCCCCAGGUGGGUGUCAGACGACUUUGAACAUGCUUUACUUUACAGGGUCCUUUAGUCCUGCAGGGUCCAAUACUGUGUAAAAAGUAUUGUAAUAACUCACCGUUACAUUAUACUUACAGCAGUAAUCCAUUAGUAAGUAUAGUAUACAGCCUACAGUGUAACAACAAAGGUUACACUAUUUGUUACAUUGUACUUGCAAGAAUAAUCACACAGUAAUACACUUUAGAAUGUUACUGUGUGUUUUUUUUAACACUUGGCCAUCGGUGCUGAGGAGAUGAGGUGAGUGGGUGGCAUUUCAUCACAACUGGAAGAUGACAAUGCCUCAUGCCCGCAGUGAAGUUUGUUGUUGAAGGGCAAUAAUCUGCUCCAGUAUAAUUUGCUUGAGGAUUUCCCAGUGGGCUAGCCUCGUGCAGCUGGUCUAAUUAUAGCCUGGAAUACCUAGCAGAUACCCCCAUCUACUGAAAUCAACCUCUGACAUUGAUUGCAAUAGCCAUAUGACAAUAAUAUGUGCCGUAAACAUUCACAAACACUGGAUCUAUACAGAUUUUAAACAAAAAUUAUAAUUGUCCUCCAAGCACUGAAGAAUUACGAAGAGGACUGGAUUUAGGCAUGACAUUUCCCUUUAUUGUCAUUAUGAGAUGCAGGGAGAUCAAAGAAUUGCUCAGUAGGAAAUUAAAGGAGUGUGAAAAAGAGAGGCAAAGAGAGAGAGAGAGCAUUCUGACAGCAGGUUAUAUCCUCCUGUCUCUCUCCAUCUGAAGGAGCGGAGGCAGGGAGCAGGUGCAGCUCUCUCCUUAAAUGGUAGUGGGCUACGUCAUGUGACGCAGCAACCAGUCAACAACACAGCAUCACCAGGAAAAUGGUGGCAGAUCAGCUUUAAGGAAAAGGAGGAAGAGAAAAUAAGUAUAUGUAUCAUUAGGCUCUGAAUGAUGAUGUGCCUGAGGCUCCCUAUGAUCGACUGAGAAAAGGGAAUGCAUAAUAUUAUAGGAUCCUCUGCUGUAAAAUCAAAUAGUUGCCUGGAUCGUCUUUGAAUUCAUCCUCAUUGUUUAUAAGGUAAGCAGGAGCUCUUAUGAUUUGAUAUUUUAGCCCUCAUCAUCAUAUAGGAAAAGAAUGUGGCCUGACUGCUUGACAUUUUGGAUUAUCAUAACCUUUGUUAGACAUAAUUCCUAUUUCAUUUCUUCUUCAUGGUGUCAUCAUUUGUAGGAAAUUGGUUAUUUAAACAAUGGAAGCUUGCCAGUGGUUAUAGCAGUGGGACGCCUCAGGGACGCUAGAUCGGACACCAUGCGGUGUAACGGAUGCCCUUGUCAUUUGUUAUUGCCAGUCAUGUUGAUUUGGCAACACUGUUAUAGACUGUCUGUCCUCCCUGGGAUGUUAGGUUGAAAGGAUGGUUUAGGAUUACGCAGCAGUGGAGCACAGUGGAUCUGUAUACCUUAUAUUUCCCCAGUGCCUCUUGAUAUUUGGUUGUUGUUGACAUUUCCUCCAUAUUAUACUUCAUUCUCCACCUCCUCCAUGUCCUCCCUUGUUUCACGUUACAGGAAGUGACAAGGGAAAUUACACCAAAUGUUAAGGGGUAGCCUAACGGUGUGUCUGCCUCCCCUGUACAGUGAAUAGGGUUUUUUGACAUACCACCGCCUCUACCUCCCUCCCACAUCGCACACCAUGGCAGGUCUAUAAUCUAAAGAACUCCCUGGGGAGAUGCUAAUUACCACCCAACCUCCUCUCUCUGCGCUCCCUUUGAGGUGCUGAGCCAGAUCACUGACAACCCCACUGACAUGAUCGCUGGCAUGUGUUAAUUUUGCACCAGCUGCAAUGAUGUGGUGAUGUACUAGUGUGCUUCAGGGACUAUUUGGGGUUUGGUUUAUUUGAGUCAGGCUGGCUGGCUUUAGUGUUUGCUCAUGUCAUGCUAUUGUGUGUGGCUGUGGCCCUGACAGAAUGAUGUGCUCUCUGUGUUGAUUUUCAGACCACUUCCUGAGGACGGUGACAUGGAGUCUUCCUGUGGUCUCACCGAUGACAGAGCCUGUAAGUAUAAUUGAAAUAACACCUCACCUGUCUGGCAUUUGAUAGAUGUUUUUGGUGUUGGUAAAGUUAACUCAGUUGAUAUACUAUAAGUCACUUUAGCUUAAUAUACACUGCUCAAAAAAAUUAAGGGAACACUAAAAUAACACAUCCUAGAUCUGAAUGAAUGAAAUAAUCUUAUUAAAUACUUUUUUCUUUACAUAGUUGAAUGUGCUGACAACAAAAUCACACAAAAAUUAUCAAUGGAAAUCAAAUGUAUCAACCCAUGGAGGUCUGGAUUUGGAGUCACCCUCAAAAUUAAAGUGGAAAACCACACUACAGGCUGAUCCAACUUUGAUGUAAUGUCCUUAAAACAAGUCAAAAUGAAGCUCAGUAGUGUGUGUGGCCUCCACGUGCCUGUAUGACAUCCCUACAACGCCUGGGCAUGCUCCUGAUGAGGUGGCGGAUGGUCUCCUGAGGGAUCUCCUCCCAGACCUGGACUAAAGCAUCCGCCAACUCCUGGACAGUCUGUGGUGCAACGUGGAGUUGGUGGAUGGAGCGAGACAUGAUGUCCCAGAUGUGCUCAAUUGGAUUCAGGAACGGGCGGGCCAGUCCAUAGCAUCAAUGCCUUCCUCUUGCAGGAACUGCUGACACACUCCAGCCACAUGAGGUCUAGCAUUGUCUUGCAUUAGGAGGAACCCAGGGUCAACCGCACCAGCAUAUGGUCUCACAAGGGGUCUGAGGAUCUCAUCUCGGUACCUAAUGGCAGUCAGGCUACCUCUGGCGAGCACAUGGAGGGCUGUGCGGCCCCCCAAAGAAAUGCCACCCCACACCAUGACUGACCCACCGCCAAACCGGUCAUGCUGGAGGAUGUUGCAGGCAGCAGAAAGUUCUCCACGGCAUCUCCAGACUCUGUCACGUCUGUCACGUGCUCAGUGUGAACCUGCUUUCAUCUGUGAAGAGCACAGGGCGCCAGUGGCGAAUUUGCCAAUCUUGGUGUUCUCUGGCAAAUGCCAAACGUCCUGCACGGUGUUGGGCUGUAAGCACAACCCCCACCUGUGGACGUCGGGCCCUCAUACCACCCUCAUGGAGUCUGUUUCUGACCGUUUGAGCAGACACAUGCACAUUUGUGGCCUGCUGGAGGUCAUUUUGCAGGGCUCUGGCAGUGCUCCUCCUGCUCCUCCUUGCACAAAGGCGGAGGUAGCAGUCCUGCUGCUGGGUUGUUGCCCUCCUACGGCCUCCUCCACGUCACCUGAUGUACUGGCCUGUCUCCUGGUAGCGCCUCCAUGCUCUGGACACUACGCUGACAGACACAGCAAACCUUCUUGCCACAGCUCGCAUUGAUGUGCCAUCCUGGAUGAGCUGCACUACCUGAGCCACUUGUGUGGGUUGUAGACUCCGUCUCAUGCUACCACUAGAGUGAAAGCACCGCCAGCAUUCAAAAGUGACCAAAACAUCAGCCAGGAAGCAUAGGAACUGAGAAGUGGUCUGUGGUCACCACCUGCAAAACCAGUCCUUUAUUGGGGGUGUCUUACUAAUUGCCUAUAAUUUCCACCUGUUGUCUAUUCCAUUUGCACAACAGCAUGUGACAUUUAUUGUCAAUCAGUGUUGCUUCCUAAGUGGACAGUUUGAUUUCACAGAAGUGUGAUUGACUUGGAGUUACAUUGUGUUGUUUAAGUGUUCCCUUUAUUUUUUUGAGCAGUGUAUUACUUUAUAACAAUGAGCCUCAUCUCACAUGCUACUUCAUGGACCUUGCACCUGUGAAUUCAACUGGAUGUCAUGUGUGUACACUAUCAGUAGCUAACAAGUCUCACCUCCUCUAUCGCAGCUCCCCCCAACUCUCUGAAUGUUAAUGCAGGUGGAGGAGGCGGAAGUGGAGGAGGGUCCACCCAUCGUAAGCGCCGUACAUUAGUGGCCCCGGACAUGAACCUGUCCCUGGACCACAGCGAGGGUUCCCUGCUGUCUGAAGACUUCCUGGAUACACCCGACGACCUGGACAUCAACGUGGACGACAUCGAGACCCCCUGA